GCAAAUAAAAUCGCGCAGCAGAUCUGCCAUGACAUAUACCUUUGGAAGGACUUGUAUUUCAGGCCGUACGCUCGACUGUUUGAAAGGAAAAGCGUCGCCAUCAGACACUUUCUUCAUUCCUUGUCGUAGAAAGUCAUUGUGAAAGAAAGAGAUGCUUGAAUUGAGAGGAGGCGCCUGCUUGCCACGGGUGUUGGUGGGUGUCAAUGUGGUUCUUGCUCUAGUUGAUGCCAUUAUUGCUGUUCUUGCAUUUUAUCAGUUGAUAAGGAUUCACUUAAGGAAUUCACAAGUUGUCUGGACUCGCCAAAAAGUGUUUCACCUAAUGAUUGGAUCUUCUAGUAUGGGUUACUUCAUUUAUUUUGUAUUAGCUCUCCUUGCUGCUUGCAAGGGUUGGCUGUGUUGGUCUAACUCUUGUGGUUUUAUCGUCAUGGCUUUCCCAAAAAUUCUAUUUUUUGCGGCGUUUCUUUUACUUUUAUCAUUCUGGGUUGACCUUUGCCAUCAGGCAAACGAUGAGGAUGAUGAAUAUGAAGAAAGCAGUUCUCAGGAAGCUUUAUUGGAUAAGACCUUAAAUAAACCAAGUUCGUCAAAAACAGAUGGUCAUAGAAAGUGUUUUCCCCUCCGCUUUUUCAAUGUUGGAAGCCGCCAAAAGAUCGUGAUAUUGGUUACUGUUCUAGUUUUUGUUGUAAUGAUGGCAUGUGCUCUUAUAAUCUGGAUUGGGAUGGGAAAGAAUCCUAUUGAUUCUGCAGUUGUGGCUCGGGUGUAUGUAGACUUUUUUGCCAUAGCAAUACUUUUAUUAGGAGGAGCAUUAGCAUGUUAUGGACUUCUAUUAUGCUUGAAGAUUAGCAAAGUUAGAUCUGAGCAAGCUUCAUCUGAAAUGUGGAAGUUUGCAGGUGUAGCUGUUGUUUCUGUGCUAUGUUUCACUUCAAGUUCUUUGGUAGCUCUUUUAACUGAUAUUCCGAUGCUAUAUCACUGGUAUCAACAUCACGUAAAUGUUGUUUGUGCGUCUCUUUUACUGAUUGUUUAUUAUUUUAUAGGUUCAUCAAUACCCUCAGCCUUUAUAUUAUGGAUCAUGAGAGAAUUACCGCCAUCAGUAGUAGCUAACAUACGAGAAGCAAGUACAAUAGCUUUCAUUGCUGAUAGUUCACUUUCAGUGCAUCAUCCUUGGUGCUGGACAGCUGCAACACAGAAUCAGUGGAACGUCACAUUUAGCAGAGCGGCGCAAGACUGGGAAGUGGACAUCUUUGAGGCUUUUUUCAGCUUUCUUUAUUCUGUGAAGCCAAAUAGUCAGCAAGUCGAUAGGAUGUGGUGGACUCCCGCGGGUAAGGGCAUUUUCUCAAUUCGAUCCUUUUAUAAGUCCCUUUCCCAAGCCGCCACCACCCUGUUCCCGUGGAGGAGAAUUUAGAGAAAUAAGGCGCCUCCGAAAGCGAUCUUCUUUACUUGGACAGCAGCGUUGGGAAAGAUUCUGACUACCGACAAUCUGAGGAAGCGCCGAUUAAUUAUACUAGACUGGUGUUGCAUGUGCAAGAGAUCUUGCAAGAAAGUGGAACACCUUUUGCUACGUUGCGAGACUACUAGAGCCUUGUGGGUCGAAGUCUUUAGCCGGAUAGAGUUAGCCUUUGUUAUGCCUACAACGGUGGUAGAUCUAUUGGCUAGCUGGACACUUCCGAGAGGAGCGCAACAAAUCAAGGCAGUGUGGAAUAUGAUCCCGAUCUGUAUUAUGUGAUGUAUAUGGCAAAAGCGCAACGAUCGGACUUUUGAAAACAAAGAGCGGUUCCUGGAGGAACUUAGAACGCUAUUUUUCCGUACUUUAUUUCUAUGGGCCAUUGCUUUAGAUUUUAAUGGCCUGAAUUUUCAU